GGAGAAAAGGGAACCCUCUUGCACUGUUGGUGGGAAUAUAAAUUGAUACAGCCACUAUGGAGAACAGUAUGGAGGUGCCUUAAAAAACUAAAAAUAGAAUUACCAUAUGACCCAGCAAUCCCACUACUGGGCAUAUACCCAGAGAAAACCAGAAUUCAAAAAGACACACGCACCCCAGUAUUCACUGCAGCACUAUUUACAACAGCCAGGCCAUGGAAGCAAGCUAGAUGCCCAUCAACGGACGAAUGGAUAAAGAAGAAGUGGUACAUAUAUACAAUGGAAUAUUACUCAGCCAUAAAAAGGAACGAAAUUGGGUCAUUCAUAGAGAUAUGGAUGGAUCUAGAGACUGUCAUACAGAGUGAAGUAAGUCAGAAAGAGAAGAACAAAUAUCGUAUAUUAACGCAUAUUCGUGGAACCUAGAAAAAUGGUACAGAUGAACCGGUUUGCAGGGCAGAAAUAGAAACACAGGUGUAGAGAACAAACGUAUGGACACCAACGGGGGAAAGUGGCCGGGUGGGUUGGUGGUGAUGGGAUGAAUUGGGAGAUUGGGAUUGACAUGUACACACUAAUAUGUAUAAAAUAGAUAACUAAUAAGAACCUACUGUAUAAAAAAAUAAAAUUCAAAAGACAAUUUAAAAAAAAGCUUUCGAAAGACAAAGAGUAAAUCUUGAAAACAGCAGGAGAGAAGUGAAUCCUCAGUAAGAAUAUCUGCAGAAUUCUCUUCGGACAUUUUGGAGGCCAGAAGACAAGGGGGUUGAUGUAUGAAAAGUCUAAAACAAGAAAGUCAACCGAGAAUCCUCUAUCCAGCAAAUCUGUCCUUCAAAAGUGAGGGAAAAAAUCAAGACAUUACCAGAUAAAAGCUGAGAGGUUUGUUAUCAUUAGACCUGUCCUGCAAGAAAUGCUCAGGGGAGUCCUAUAGGAUGACAUGAAAGGACACUGGACAGUACCUCAAAGCCCUAUGGAGAAAUAGAGAUCUCAAUAAAGAUAAACACAUGGGCAAUUAUAAAAACUAGAAUUACUAUAACAGUGGUUUGUAACCAUACUUUUUGUUUUCUAUAACCAAGAAACAUACCUUUAAAGAAAAAAAUAUUAAUGUGAAAGCUUGUGUUACUGUAACUUUGGUUUGUAACUCCAAAUUGUGUUUUCUACACAGUUUAGGAAUACAUUUAGUAGAAUUAUUAGUUUAUGUUUUGUGGCACGUGACGUAUAAAGAUGUAACAAGCAAAAGGGUGGGACAGAGCUGUAAAGGAGGAGGAUUUUUGUUACUGAAGUUAAGCUGCUAUAAAUUCAAAUUAGAAUGUUAUAACUUUAGGAUGUUAAAUGGAAUCCUUUUGGUAACCACAAGGAAAAUGGCUACAGAAUAUACAGAAGAGGAAAUUAAGAAGGAGUUUAAACAACUCACUGCAAAAAAAAAAAAAAAGAAAAAAAGAAAAGGAAACAGCAACGCAAGAAAUGAGGAACCAAAAAGCUAUAGGGCAUACAGAAACAUAGGCUUUAAGUCAAAAACGUUUACAAGAGACAAAGAAGGACAUUAUAUAUUAACAAAAGUCUUCUGUGUAAUAAAGUACAGCAAGAAGAUAUAACAAUUAUAAACACUUACGUAACUAAUGACCAACCAUCAAAAUAUAUGAAACAGAAACUGAGAGAAUUGAAGGGAGAAAUAGUUCUACAAUAAUUGUUCUACCCCACUCACAAUAAUGGAUUAAAAAAACAGACAGAAGAUAAAUAAGGAAACACCUAAACACCACAAUAAACCAACUAGAUCUAACAGACAUUUACAGAGCACUCCCACAACAACAGCAACAUACACAGUCUUCUCAAGUGCACUUGGGACAUUUUCCAGGAUAGACCAUAGGUUAGACUGCAAAUUAAAUCUCAAUAGAUCUUAACAUAUAGAUUUCAUACAAAGUAUCUUCUCUGACCACAAGAUGAAGUUCGAAAUCAAUAACAUAAAACUGGAAAAGUUACAAAAUUGUGGAAAUUAAACACUUUUUUUUUUAGUAUAUUUGAUAUACAAUGUUGUGUCAGUGUCAGGUGUACAGCCCAGUGAUUCAAUUAUACAUGGACAUAUAUUCAUUCUUUUUCAGAUUUUCUCUUAUAGGUUAUCACAGAAUAUUGAGUAGAGUUCCCUGUGCUAUGCAGUAGGUUCUUGUUGGUUACCUAUCUUACGUACAGUAGUGUGUGUGUGUGUUCAUCCCAAGCUCCUGAUUUAUCCCUCCCCUCACGUUUCCCCUUUGGUAACCAUAAGUUUGUUUCUGUUUCGUAGAUACGUUCAUUUGUGUCAUAUUUUAGAUACCACAUAUAAGUGAUAUCAUAUGGUAUUUGCCUUUCUCUUUCUGACCUACUUUGCGUAGUAUAAUCUCUAGGUCCAUCCAUGUUGCUGCACAUGGCAUUAUUUCAUUAUUUUUUAUGGCUGAGAAAUAUUCCAUUGUGUAUAUAUACCACAUCUUUAUCCAUUCCUUUGUCAAUGGACAUUUAGGUUGUUUCCAUGUCCUGGCUAUUGUAAAUAGUGCUGCAAUGAACAUUGGGGUGCAUGUAUAUUUUCAGAUUAUGGUUUUCUCAGGAUAUAUGCCCAGGAGUGGGAUUGCAGGAUAAUAUGGUGAUUCCAUUUUAGUUUUUUAAGGAACCUCCAUACUGUUCUCCAUAGUGGCUGUACCAAUUUACAUUCCCACCAGGAGUGCAAGAGGGUUCCAUUUUCUCCACACCCUCUCCAGCAUUUAUUGUUUGUAGACCUUUUGAUGAUGGCCAUUCUGACCGGUGUGGUGGUACCUCACUGUAGUUUUGUUUUGUAUUUUUCUGAUAAUUACUGAUGUUGAUCAUCUUUUCAUGUGGUUUUUGGCCAUCUGUAUGUCUUCUUUGGAGAAAUGUCUGUUUAGAUCUUCUGCCCAUUUUUUGAUUGGGUUGUUUGUUUUUUUGACAUAGAGCUACAUAAGCUGCUUGUAUAUUUUGGAGAUUAAUCUCUUGUUGGUCGCUUUGUAAACGAUACACUUAUUUUUUAUGUUUUUAAAAUUUAUUUUAUUGAUUUAUUAUUUUUGGCUGCGUUGGGUCUUCGUUGCUGUGCGCAGGCUUUCUCUAGUUGUGGCGAGUGGGGGCUUCUCAUCGUGAUGGCUGCUCUUGUUGCGGAGCACGGGCUCUAGGCACGCGGGCUUCAGUAGUUGCAGCACGUGGGCUUAGUAAUUGUGGCUCGCGGGCUAUAGAGCGCAGGCUCAGUAGCUGUGGCUCAUGGGCUUAGUUGCUCCGUGGCAUGUGGGAUCUUCUCGGACCAGGGCUCGAACCCGUGUCCCCUGCAUUGGCAGGCGUGUUCUUAACCACUGCACCACCAGGGAAGUCCAACAAUACACUUUUAAACAACCAAUGGAUCAAGAAGAAAUUACAAGGGAAAUUAGAACAAAUGAAAAUGAAAACACAACAUAACAAAAUUUAUGGGAUGCAGUGAAAGCAGUGCUGAGGGGGAAAUUUACAGCUACAAAUGCUUAUAUUAAAAAACAAGAAAGGUCUGAGAUCAAUAACCUAACUUUACAACUUAAGGAACUAGAAAACAACAAACUAAACCCAAAGCUAGCAGAAGGAAGGAAAUGAUAAAGAUUAGAAUAGAUUGGAAAGCUUAGCAUUUUUUGUUUAAAAAAACCUCCUGUUUCUUUUCAUGUCUAGUAAGCUUUGGUUGACAACUGGACAUUUUUGAUAAUAGAGUGUAGCAACUCUGGACUUUAUUUUUCUGAGGUGGUUGUCCUGUGGAAACUUACCUGGACUUAAACUUCAGCAUCUCUUCCCCUGCACUGUGCAGCCACUGGUGUGUCUGCUCGUUUUUUUAAAAUUAUUUUUAUUUAUUCGUAGGGGUCACCCCUGAGUCUUUCUAAUGUGGUAGUCAGCAGUGAUUUUGGUUUAACCCAGAUACUUUGAGCCUGUAGGCCUCAUACCCUCUGCUGAUCAAUCUGGGUUAGGGAAUGCUUUCAAGCCCCCCUUGGCUUUCACUUUUCCCCAUGCUCUCCUGGGUCUCUCCCACUCAUUCAUUGCUCCCCAGUUAGCCAGGGAUGUGUGGAGAACAUAACUCAGCCCUUUUAUGGUUUUCUCACUUCCAGGAUGUCUGUCACAUUUUUGACUGAUCUGCUGCUUGCCUUAACUUGGACUGCAAGCUUGGGCUGGUAAGGCUGCGUGUUUUGAUCAUUCAUUCACAACUGAAUCCACCAUUUUUGGCCGGCAAAACUGUAGGUCUUUGCAGCCAAUCCCACAUUGGUAAGACUACUACUUUUUCCAGCCAAGGUGGAGGGGUGGGUUUUGAAGGGAUGGGAGCCUCAGUCCACAAGGCCACAGACUCCUGCUGCUUCUAUCCUAAGCACCACCGGGUUUUAAAAGCUAACACUUCUCAUUUUGUUGUCUGCCUUUGGGGUAUUUCCAGUGCCCUGAAGUUGUUGUUCUUGACCAUUUUCCCCAGUUUUAUGGGGUUUUUUUGUUUUUUGUUCUUUGCUGCACCGCGAGGCUUGUGGGAUUUUAGUUCCCUGACCGGCGAUGGAACCCGGGCCCUCAGCACUGAGAGCUCGGAGCCCUAACCACUGGACCACCAGGGAAGUCCCAAUUUAUGUUUGUUCUUUGCAAGGAGGAAUUGAGCACCUCUUUUUUUUUUUUUAAUUGUAUUUUUAUUUAUUUUUUGGCUGUGUUGGGUCUUCGUUUCUAUGCGCGGGCUUUCUCUAGUUGCGGUGAGUGGGGGCCACUCCUCAUUGCAGUGCGCGGGCCCCUCACCGUCGUGGCCUCUCCUGUUGCGGAGCGCAAGCUCCAGACGCGCAGGCUCAGUAGCUGUGGCUCACGGGCCCAGCCGCUCCGCGGCAUGUGGGAUCCUCCCAGACCAGGGCUCGAACCCGCAUCCCCUGCACCAGCAGGCAGACUCUCAACCACUGCGCCACCAGGGAAGCCCCCUGAGCACCUCUGUACUGCCGUAACAGGGAGUCCGUCCUCUCAUUGUUUAUUAUCAUUUCAAAUGAAGAAAGUGAGGCUCAAAGAGAUGAAGCCACUUGCCUGAGGUCCUGCAGUUAGGAAGGAGGGGAGCCAGAAUGAAACUCAGGAACUCUAUUUAGAAAGUUUUAUUGAAGUAUAAUUGCCAUAUAAGGAAUUAUACCUAUUUAAGCCACGUAAUUUGACAAGUUUUACAUAUGAAUAUGCCCGUGAAACCAUCGCUACCACCAAGAUAACAAACGUAUCUAUCACAUGUCUCUUUCUAGUCCCUCCUGCCCUUCCCUCACCUCUAGGCAACCAGAGAUCUGCUUUCUGUCACUAUGGUUUGCAUUUCCUAGAAUUUUAUAUAAAUGGAAUCAUAAGUCUGUACUCUUUUUUUCUGGCUUUUUUCACUCAGCAUAAUUGAAAUCCAUCCAUGUUGUAGUAUAUAUCAAUAAUUUAUUUCUUUUUAUUGCUAAAUAUUAUUCUGUUGCAUUAAUAUGCAAAAGUUUAUCUGGUGACGGACAUUUAUGUUGUUUCUAGAUUUGAGAUAUUACAAAUAAACCUGCUCUGAACAUUUGCAUACAAGUCUUUGUGUGGGAUAUGCUUUCAUUUCUCUUUGGUCACACCUAGGAGUGGGACAGCUGGACCAUAUGCAAGGUGUGUGUUUAACAUUUUAAAUAAACUUUAAAUUCGGAAUAAUUUUAGAUUUACCAAAAAGUUUCAAAGAUAGCACAAAGAGUUCCAUAUACCCCUCACCUGGUUUCCCUCAUCCGUUAGCAUCUUCCAUUACUGUAAUUCAUUUGCCAGCGUGAAGAAACUGACAUUGGUACAUUACUAUUAAUUAAACUCCAGACUUUAUCUGGAUUUCACCAGUUUUGUCACUAAUGUCACCUUUCUGUCCCAGGACCCAACGCAUGUAGUUGUCAGGUCUCCCCAGUCUGCUCUGGUCUGUGACAACGUCCCAGCUGGUCCUUUCUUUCGUGACCUUGGCAGAAGUAAACAGUACUGGCCAGGUGUCCUGUGGAAAGUGACAGCAUGUCCUCCAACCUCGGCUUCUGAUGGGUUUUUACCUCAGUACUGAACUGGGGCUACGGGCUUCGGGCAUGGAGAUCACAAAGCGAAGGGCCUCGCAUCACACCCUCUCAGCGCGGGUGAUGUCAGUGUCACCUGCUCGGGGCGGUGUUGGCCAGCUCUCUGCGGGCAGAGUUUUCUUUCCUCUUUCCCGGUGGCAGUCGCUCAACUGGGUUCACCCUCAAAGGGGAAGAUUUCGUUGCAGCUCCUUUGGGAGGGAGUGUCUGCAUUUAAAUAUUACUUGGAAUUCUUCUGUACAGCAGAUUGUAUCUUCUCUCUCAUUUCUUUCAUUUUGUUUUUGAAACUUGAAAAAAAACCUAAAUACAUUUAUUAAUACCAAUAAAAGUUCAUUUUUAAAGGGAAAAUUAAAAGAAAAAAACAAUAAAAUGUAACAUUAAAAACAUGAUAAAGAUGAAUCUCUAGAAAGUGAGUUAGUUGAUUGUUAUGAUCUGGCUAUAUCAAUUUUAUCUUGGGACUUGGUUUUCUCUUUUUUUUGAAUUUUUGAAUUUUAUUUUAUUUAUUUUUUUAUACACCAGGUUCUUGUUAGUCAUCAAUUUUAUACACAUCAGUGUAUACAUGUCAGUGCCAAUCACCCAAUUCAUCACACCACCACCCCAACCCCCCAUCUCUCAUUUCUUUACUCAUUUACUUCACUAUAGAAAUAGUGUAUAUUUAAACUUGGGUUAUAAUCCAAUUCUGCAUUAUUCAUGCUGUUCCUCAAGUUGUUCCAGUUUUGGUCACCGUGGGUCUUCUCUGGUUGCCUCCUGGGUCCUUUGGGCGUCGGGAGCGCAGGCGCAGUGUGGGCGGGCGCACGUGGGCGGCAGGCGGGUGCGCAGGCGCAGUGGGCAAUGGGCGCCGAAUGCGCAGGAGCAAGUGCCCCGGGGCGGAGGGCGCACGUGGCCCGUGAACGGCGGGCGCACAGGCGCAGUGGGCGAUGGGCGCUGAAUGCGCAGGCGCAGGUGGGCGGCAGGCGGGCGCGCAGGCGCAGUGGGCGGCGGGCGCACGUGGGAGGCGGGGCCUCAGCCGCCGCGGGCGAGAUGGGGUCGUUACGCUGGCCGGUGGUGGCUGCCGUCGCCGCGGGCCUCGCGCUGGCCCUGGAGGCGCUACCCGCUGUGCUGAGCUGGCUGUGGGCCGGGCGGCGGCCGCGGCCGCGGCGCGAGGUGCUGUUCUUCCCGUCGCGGGUGACGUGCACCGAGACCCUAUUGCGGGUCCCGGGCGCCGCGCCCUCGGGCUGCCCAUGCAACCUGCCCCACGGCGAGAGCUCACUGAGCCGCCUGUUGCGCGCCCUGCUGGCAGCCCGCGCCAGCCUCGAGCUCUGCCUGUUCGCCUUCUCCAGCCCGCAGCUGGGCCGCGCAGUGCAGCUGCUGCACCAGCGCGGGGUGCGCGUCCGCGUGGUCACCGACUGCGACUACAUGGCCCUCAACGGCUCACAGAUCGGGCUGCUCCGCAAGGCAGGUAGGCCGGGCGCGGGGCCGGGGAGGCGGGAGGCAGAGCCAGGAUGGCGUGGGUGUUUGGGGAGGGGGCCUGAGGACCGGGGAGACCCGCUCGCGUCCCCUGGCGGCCUUGCAAGGUCUGGGGAAACUCCAGGGCCUCCUGAGGAGCUUCUGUGCAGAGCGUCUGAGCCCGCAACCUGGGCAACAGCCCCGGGAAGGGCCGAGGCUGGAAACAGGUCUGCCAGCAGAAGCUGGUCCGGGCGCAGGUGUGCAGAGAGGCUGCCCUCGACCCAGCCCCAGCGGGAGCCAGACGGGCCGGUGCCCCGCCCAGCCCUGCGGUCCGAGAUCCGCGGGGUCAGCACACCACCACGCCCCGCCCUGAGCGCGCAGCCAGCAGAUCUUCCGAUGCUACUAAAUCAUCGCUCUGUUUGCCCCCGAGUCUCGCUCUCUGCGGCCGGCUAG